AUGGCCGAAGCCACGCCUGGCACCGUUUCGCCACAAAGGAACAGUGCACCUAAAAAAUUGAAUCCAUCUGGAGAUGAGCACUCGAGCAUGCCUGAUGCACUUGAUUAUGUUCCAAUCACACCGAGCGACCUGGUCGACAAGGCCAAAGAAAUAAAGCGCAACCUGCAAGAUACGCAUCGACACAAGUCUGAAGUGGUCAAGAUGGUCAUGAUAAAUCAGACCCCUUCAAUACCGACCGAAUUCGGGAAUAGGUUGGGAAACCUGCGAGUUUCUCUCUCCCUUGUGACAGUCAUCAACCAAAUUGCCGACAAUCAAUUUCGGCAGGCCAGAAAACAGGCACAGAAAGCGCUUACCCUUGCAGAGGCUUCAAAGGACAAGCUUUCGGUUGCCCGUUGUCAUUACUGGAUGGGCCGAAUUGAGUUUGAAAAGCAAAACAUGGAGGCGGCCCACGACCAUUUUCUCGCUGCGCGCCCGUGUGUCAUGGAUGAUUUCAAUCCAGAGGGGGAAACUGUUCGGUUCUACCUGGAAGCAUCAAAGAGAGGAAUCUCUGAACAGUACCUAAAGCGCAUACUGCUUCAACACAAUAAGGCUUUGAUUGAGAGUGCCCCUCAUGAGAGACCUUUCAAGCGACCUUAUCCAUCAUCGCGAAAACGCAAACGUGAAGUCCAACCGUGGAAGGUUCUCCUCCGGCCAGCAGCCUCGGACAAGACUGGAAGGAGACAGAAGCAGUCAUUGGGUGUGAGCUCAACGAAGCCUCAUACCAUAUUGAAUGAGUGGAUUGUUAGGGACUUGCCCGACCUCCCUUUCCGACCAAAAACCUGUUCAAGCACCAGCGAACCCGAUCCGCCACCAUUGAAUUGUCAUGAUGACUUUCAUCCAACGGAGCAGCCAACAGAGGCUUUCAGGAAAGACGAUACGACAGGUGAAAUGGGAGCACAUAAUGCUCGCCCGUUAGAAGGGAUGGCGUGGCUAGAGGCAGCAAGUUCUCAGCCGCGCCUAGAACAACGUGGGCAAUUUACCCUUCGAUGUUACCCUAUAGGGCUCGCCUCACGAACGCGUUCAACGGAUAUUUUCUCGAAGCUACCCAGUGAAACACUCCUAUCUGACCAGGAAUGGGAGUCUCUCAAGAGCCUAAUGAGCAAUCGUGCAAUUACCAUGGCCUAUCUGGCAAAAGAAAGGCAGCUCAGAUUGUUCAAGGAGAAGAAAAGUUCAGGUGUUAUCGAGGUUGAGGGAGAUUGA